AUGGCCACCUCAAAGCCCAAACAAUCACCAUCUACCCCCGACGCCGUUCGAAAGACGUCUCUCUUGCGGGAAUUUACCCCCACUACAAGUUCUGCAGCGCACUUGAACACGGAAUACAGUUCGCCACCUGCGUUCAGUGAAGACGAAUUCUGGAACGCCUUCACCAAUGUGGGCGCAUCGGUGGCUCCCACGACGGCGGGCCUCGAACAUCGACCGGAUCCCCUCCCAGGCUUUCUUAAUCCGCUCCCGCCGACGAUGAGCCAGGAGAUGAUCGAUUAUUUGGAAAAGAAUCAAGUAUUCUGUCUACCCAGUGCACGACUCCAGCAAGCGCUACUACACACCUUUAUCGAAUGCGUGUUGCCGUCGAUGCCUAUUCUGGAAUGGCAGGACUUUUUGGCAAUCAUUCAUGAUGGACGCGGAGGCCCAGGUAGGGUUAGCUUGCUCUUGUAUUGGGCUGUGAUGUUCUCGGCUACAAAUUAUGUCGACUUGCACUACCUCCUGGAAGUUGGAUACCUGAGCCGAAAGGAGGCGCAUGAAGACUUUUUUCAAAAGGCCAAGCUUCUAUACAAUUUUCGCUAUGAGUCGGAUCCCAUCACGAUUAUCCAGACCCUACUUCUCAUGACAUUGCGACUCGACACAGCAGAUGGGUACGACAGUCGACAUUGGAUCAAAGCGGCCAUCACCGUAGCUCGGUCGGUUGGCCUCUUCCAAGACAUCCACCUGACUCCACGCUUUCAAUGCAGUCCUCGACUGUGGAAACGCAUCGCGUGGGCCUGUUACAUGACCGACUCGAUCAUCGCACUCCGACUCCGAUGUCGAACGGCCAUUGACCAGACAGAAUUCGGACACCCUCCACUCACAGAGCAAGACUUUGACGUUGGCCCUCUGCCAUCUGAUAUCCAGAUCGUGUCUCCCGCCUGCACAGUUGCACGGAACUUGCAAGCUCAGCAGGAUCUCGCCAGUAUCUGCAUCGCGACAGCUCGUCUCUGUACCUGCAUCGGCAAAAUCCUGGACCUCCAGGGUAAACACACUACAUAUACUGAUUCCUCGACCAUUUCUCUAAGAAGCAUCAUCACCACCACCACAAAUACAAAUAAAAACAACACAGACUAUAUGAAUCACACUGAAACCGAAACAUCCUCGCCGUCCACCCAAUCUCCCCAUCAUCCUCACCCCUGCGAACUUGACCUCGCCGACUGGGCAAACACCCUCCCACCACCCUGUCAAGCCAACCCUCCAUCUGAAUCAUCACCACAUUCUUCCCCUUCCUCCUUUUCUUCUUCUUCUUCUUCUUCUUCUUCUUCUUCUUCAUGCCCCCUAGAACACCCCACCGUCCUCCUCCACCGCAACACCCUCCACAUGAUCUUCUACACCACCUCGCCCCAAAUCUCCCGCAUCACCUCCGAACUCUACCAGCAUAACCUGCAGCACCGACUCCCCGUCAUCGCCGUCACAGCCAUCCUCGUCGCGCUCAUCAUCCACGUCGCCGAUCUGGAACGGGCGGCGCCGGCCUCGACUGAGCGCGACGAGGAUGUUCUGAGCGUGAGGCUGUGUCUGGAUGUGAUGGGCCGGUUGCGGGACUCGUAUUGGGAGGCGGAGACGGCGGCGACAUGGGCGCUAAGCGUGAUUCGGAAUGUGGCGUUUGAUUUGGAGGGUUGGAUGGGCUCGUCGAGCAGUGGCGAGUCCGCGUUGGAGGUGGGGGCUGGGUUGUGUGGGUGGCGGUUUCGAGAGAGGUCUGCUUCGAGUGAGAGUUGGACUACGGAGAAGAUGGAGGGGGAAGGCGAAGAAGGAGGAGGAGGACAAGGGGAGGGCGAGAUGGAGAUGGAGAUGGGGAUGGAUCUGAUGAUGAUGUUGAUGAUGUAUGGGGAGGAGGAGGAUGGUUGCAUUUCGGCGUUGGAUGGACAGAUUGAGUUCCCAUUUUAUGGAGGGAUGGAUUGA